GCUCUCCAGGUCGACCCGUCUCAGAUCUACCAAAGAGUUUCCCAGGGCGUUGACCCCCGACGAUAUCUUCGAUUUGUCACUACCGCUCCACUUCUACCUCUACUUCUACCACUACCUCCACCAUACUCCUACUGCCGCCGGCUGCGCCAGUGUAAUGACUCACUACGUACGAGGUGACUCGACUUGACUGCGCUGGCGCUCGCUCGCUUCUUCUCGUCGAUCUACGGUUCUGGAGUCCGAACUCGUAGCCGAGAUUCCUGGUCUCCGAAGCUUGAAUCGAGUCCAACCGAUUUCAUAAUCUCGUGGAUUGGUGAGAGGGGGAGGGGGGAAAGGGGGUUCGGUCGGCAGUGGGAGCCGUGUACGUGACGAAGGAUAGAUGUCUCGACUGUCUUCCGAUGCUGCUGCUGGAGCUCGAGCUUGAAUUCUCGUGCAAUGAUCGUUCGCUCGCUGCCACUGCAAACGAACGAAACAAACAAACGCGCGGUCGGGGCUGUAGAUUCUCUCGAAGUGCGCGGGUCCUGUUGGGAAGACGCGAGGCGAGACGGGAGCUGCCGCCGCUGCUGCUGCUCGUCGCGCCGAGCAGCAGCAGCAGCAGCACAGCAGGGCCCAGAGCCAAUGAAUUAGGCCCAUGGAAUGCGGUUAGCGGUUAUCAUCGGCUCAGGAGGCUCGAUCUAUGGACGGAUCCAGCUUAAGAGCGAGCAGCAGCAAUCGUCCUGGUUACGAAUCGAAUCUCUGGGAGCUGGCUCGCUGGCUCGCUGGCUCGCUGGCACGCUCGAGCGAGCGAGCAGCUGCGGCAACCGUGGUUCACACUGAUCCGUGCGAUGCAGCAGGAGGCUUAGGCCUGGACCGCAUCCGAACCUGCACCACCCGAGCCUGGACCUUGUCGGGCCCCUUUCGAACCGGUGUGUGCAUUUGUGGGUCUGCCGUGCCACCUGGACUUCACUCUCCUUCUCGGCCAAGUCACCAGCUCUCGUGACCGCUCUGCGUACCCCUCAAGCCAAGUCUCGGGGUCGACGAUGCCUCCACCUGGAGCCCCUCCUCUGCCCCUUCUCCUUCUUCCAGGGACCAGGAAAGGAAUGGAAUGGAAUGGAAUGGAAUGCGGCAAAUCCCCGUGACAUUGGUUCUCUUGUGGCUGCGGCCGCCGGGCGAAUCUUUGGGCAGAUUUUCAGAUGGCCGAGAGAAAGGACGUGAGUGAGUUCAGCACAAUCUGCUGGAAUCACGCAAUGGUGAAGUUUGGAAGAGGCUCGAUUGGAGUCCGUGAGCGAGAUCGCACUACGCAGCCCGGCCGUGGGAAGGGGAGGGAGGGCGAGGGCGAGGCUGGAGAAGACAAGAGGAAGGGGAGAUUGAUCUAUGCAUAGCCGACAGUUAUGUGAGACUGGCCACCUACCCGCGUAGCUUCGAACCCGACAUGGAUCAGCUUCAAGGCAGUUGGCGAAUAGAACACACCCAUCUGCCCAGAAAUCGCAUCUUCUGCCGAACACACUACUCAUGUCGCUGAAAGAGUUGCAAUGAGAAGAUCUGAACCUAGGCAGGCCUUCAUGGAUCCCUCCCUCCAUCCUUCCAUCCUUCCAUCCAGUGGGCCGCCGCGCUCACACAGUUCCGGUUCGUACUCUCGUGCUUCACCCGUCCAUGACAUCGACAGCGACGCGAGCCCUGCCACAUUCCCAUACCUCCUCCUCCUCCUCCUCCCUCUCCCGAUAAGGUUUCCUCAUUAUUUACCCGCUCCCUGGACGCAUGCCCUGCAUUUCUCCCCCCUCCUCUCAGUGCUCUCGCACGGCGCACCCCGUGCAACCACCGUAUUGCGUAUAUGCCCGACGCUACCCCCCUACCUGCAAUUCGGCAGGGCACGAGAACCGGCGGAUUGCGUGUGUCGAGUGUGUGCUGGUAAAAUGUCAAUGGGGUCUGAAAAGUUUACGCGCCUUGGCUUCGUCUGCAAUGGGCGAAAGUCUGAUUUCUCGGUUACGGGCAGAGGAGAUGGAUCUGGAUCUGCAGCGGGCUGCCUAAAUUUGGAAGGAGAGAGCAGUGGGAGUGCUCUGUGAUACGAAGCUUCAGCGAGGUGGAAAACAUGGGAUGAGUUUCGAUAUAUCCCUCUCGCCAUGUGGACGAGAUUCUCUGAUAGUCCUUCCAUGGGAGAUUGGUCAAAGAGUUCGCAACAUCGAGGUGCGGACAGGUUUGUGACAAGCGUCUGGCCCUUGUGUUUCGUUUCGGCUGUAACAAUUACGUCAUAGUGCUGGCCAGUGUUUCUGAGCUUCGUGUGUUCGCUACCACUCGGCUCAUUACUCUCUACAGUUUCACCGAUGCGCGUGACAUCACCGAACAACAUGACAAGCUCAGCAUCCAAACGGAUGAAGCUUUCCGACCCACAUCGCACCAUUUCUCACGUCAAAAUUCCAGAAUCACGUCACACCAGAACAACAACAACAGUCUCCUUCUUCGCGAACGCGCUCCGGCACUCGAGCAGUCCAUAAUCCAGAUCCGUCCCUCGCACCAGCUGCCGUUGACUCGAGGUCCACACAAGUGAAUGUGGAUUGCGUAGCUCAGGUCCCGAACAGGUUCACUGGCUUGAUGACGGUAACCACUGUAAGUGGGAAUUUUACACAUUUUAUAAGUUGUAUCCUAUCUUCGGAGCUCGAGUCCUUGACCGUAAUAAGUGUGGGCCACAUCACUUUGGAAGGCCAAACUCUAGGACCCAGACAGAAUUAGUGUGGGCCACGACAAUCAGGAAUCCUUUAAACAAAGCACUGAUUUAGGUUCGACUGAUUCAGUGCGUGUAAUGAGGGUGGGCGCCUAAUCAGUGUGUUGACUCAAAGUUUUCAGGACAAGCCCUCAUCUAAAAUUGCACGCGACUUCGAUUUUGUUUCUGAUGAGAAUCUACUCUAACUUGAACAUGCAGAUUCAUCCCACCCCACUUAGUGCACAGAAUUAGUCUUCCAUCCCGUACUGGUUUGGUUUUCUUCUCAAACACCCUAACCCUGAAUUAAUGGAAAGUGUCUGGGUAGAUAUACUGGGCCUAAAUCUGUGUGACCCACACUGAGCGUGCACACACAAUAAUUACGGUUGUGAAUGUACCGUGGUAGUGCACUAGUAGCAAAUCCAAACAACAACUUCCAUGCUAAGAAAUAGAAAAUAUAAUAUAAUUGUAGGUGGUUUUGGAACCUACUUUACGCGUACUGUUAUGCUGAAUGAUUGCUGCUCGGUCUUCGUUGUUGUUUUUUAUUUGAUGCAAUUUUUUAGGGUGACGAUUGUCGUCAGUCAUCUGAAUUGAGACGGAGCACGAAGAUCCUGAGAAGUCUGCAUCUUCGGUAUGUUACGUAUCUAUGAAAGUAUGGUACAGGG